AUGAGCUACUCCUCGAGCAACCACAGCAGCGGCCGCUCCGUCAAAUUCCGCGACCUCGAGGCCGGCGCCGGCGACGCGUCGGGGUCGCGGACGUCGAAGAUGUCCGCCGCGCUCUCGUUCGACGCCUCCGUGGGGCUCUUGUCGGACGCGAGCGCGAGCACGACGAGCUCCCGCCGCGGCCGGCUCGGUAAGCCGGCGCCCUUGAGGUCGGUGUCGAGCGCAGCCAGCGAUGCGAAGGAGGACGACUCGCCGUUCCGCUUCAUGGAGCUCCUGAAGCAGAUCUAUGCCCUGUUCGCGGCUUUGCCGGGCUACGACGCUUUCAAGGUUCGAUAUGGACUGCUCCAGGUCGUGCGCGUCGUGACGCAGCUGUCCUUCCUCGUCGGGUUGUAUUUUCUGUCGCCGACGCUCCAUCCGUCGCUCGACGCCAAGGGGAUCAAGCCCUGGCAGUGGAUCGUCCUCCUCAUCAUCGGCCUCAUCAACAUCUUCGGCCGCCUCGAGCCGUUUGUUACGAAGAAAGUACGGUGACGGGCGCCUCACUGCGGAAACUGUUCAGCGUCGUCUCGCAGUCCGCCCAAUUAACAAAUGGUACCAUCCGUGACGAGAUCGCCUACGGUCGGCGGGACGCAACUGAUGAAGAUAUUCGCGAGGCCGCCGGGCUCGCAGAGCUCGACAUUUCCCACCCAGAUUUACAGCUAGACAAGACGGUGGGCGAAGGGGGCGGCCGCCUCUCGGGAGGCCAGCAGCAGCGCGUCAACCUCGCGCGCGCCAUGCUCAAGCGCGGCACGAUUUACCUCCUCGACGAGCCGACCACGGGUUUGGACAAUGCCGUCGCGCGAUCGCUCCAGAAAACGCUAGACAAACUCGCCGAGAACGCGACGACGAUCUGCAUCACGCACCACCUCGGCGACCUGAAGACGUCCGACGACGUCAUCUACUUGGAUCAAGGGCACAUCGUCGAGCACGGGUCCUUCGAGGAACUCAUGACCGCGAAAGGCACGUUCUACCAGCAAGUUAAUGCGAGAGGGGACGAGUAACUUGCUAAGGUUA